AAUUGAGCAUUGUAUUAUCAUUGUGCUAUUUUCACACUCGUUUGGUUAAGUCAUUAAUUAUGAUAUUGAUUGUUGGGGUUAACUAGUCUAGUGAUACUCUUAAUAUAGUGUUAUAUUAUUCACUUUGAUCUAAGAGUUAGGUUAGACUGUUUGGUUUUUUUCCAUCUAUCGAAGGCAGUCAGCGUGUUAGCUAUUCUUCCCCAUUAGACUUGUCAAUUCUUUACUCUUUUUCCUUCUCUCUUCCGGUUCUCUCCCCCCUCUACUUUAUUUGACAGGAACGGAGAAUACCACUCUAUCAAUAACAAGAAAAAAGUAGCAAUUUUGUUUUAAAUGGUUUGAGCUUGAAAGCAACUUGUUCUUUGUCGAUAGAUGAGAACAGACUGCUAUUAACCAACUUCAUACCAAUUUUUUUUAUUAGGCAGCAUCACAACAUUAGGAUUAGUCCUACAUCUUAUAUGUAUAGCUUCCUAAUCUUCUCAACGUACUAUCAAUAUGAGUUUUGUUAGUACACACAACUUUUAUAUGUAUAUUUGACACAUUUUUCUUUUGAGUUUAUGAAAACUCAAGUGAAUCUCUCACAACCACUUAUUUAAAAGGAUAAUUUCAACUCUUUACCUAUAUCUCACGCAUAUAAUAGUACCUUUUAAAAUUUCUUGAAUUCCGUACACAAUCAAUCAAACACCUCAUAUAAAAUGAGGCACAGAGAGACUAUUUCUUUAAAGUAUCUACAAGAAAAAUAGUCACUAAAGAAAAAAUGAGCAAGUCUUGCUAUGAUCCUAACAAGGAUAAAAUACAAGAAGCUUGGUCUAAAGAUGAUAGUAUGGCUAAUUGUUGCUCUAAAAGGAUAAUUUUUUCUAAGGAAGAAGAUGAUCUUAUCAUCAGGUUUCAUGCUCUCCUUGGUGACAGGUGGUCACUUAUAGCAGAAAGAUUGCCUGAGCAUAGUACUAUUGAAGUAAAGAAUUAUUGGAACUCCCAUUUAAAACUAAAACUUACAAAAAUGGGAAUCGAUCCAAUGAAUUAUCGUAUACAAGAGUAUGUUCAUAAGAAAAAUCUCGAAUUUUUUUCAUCAAGAAAUAAAGGAUUCGAUGUAGAAAUUUCUGAUGCUGAAAGUUCUUCUGCAUAAUAAUAUAUCAUUUAUUUUAAUUUUAGUUUAUGAUGUUGAAAGUUCUUUUACACAAUAAUAUGUACCAUCUUAUUUAUCGUUUUUU